UACUCUUUGGAUUUCCUUACCUCUCUACUCAAACUUAAUUAUCUUACAAAGAAAUAUAGCGUGGAAAAAUGAGGAGUUUGCUAGUGUUGUUGUUGGUGGUGGUAGCUAUGAGCGGAUGCAUAGCGCAAGACUACGGCGACAUUACGACCGCGUCGCCGCCAGCAAAUGGCGAAGAGACGAGGAAUAAGGCUUUGGUUCCAGCGAUGUUUAUAUUUGGAGACUCGUUGAUUGAUAAUGGAAACAACAACAAUUUGCCUUCUUUUGCAAAGGCUAAUUAUUUUCCUUAUGGCAUUGACUUUAAUGCUGGUCCUACUGGUCGCUUCUCUAAUGCCUACACCAUUGUUGAUGCAAUUGCGGAUUCAUUAGGUCUCCCAUUAAUCCCAGCAUACUCUGAAGCAAGAGGGGAGCAAAUGCUUCACGGUAUCAAUUAUGCCUCAGCUGCUGCUGGCAUUCUUGAUGUUACUGGCAGAAAUUUUGUUGGACGCAUCCCGUUUAAUCAACAAGUCCGCAAUUUUGAGAGCACAUUAGACGCAAUAACAGCAAAUCUUGGGGCAGAUGAUGUUGGUAGGAGCAUUGCACAAUGCUUGUUCUUUGUAGGAAUGGGCAGUAAUGAUUACUUGAAUAAUUAUCUUAUGCCCAAUUACCCUACUCGUAAUCAAUAUAAUGCCCAGCAAUUUGCCAACCUCUUGGUUCAACAGUAUACCACACAACUUACUAGAUUGUAUAAUCUAGGAGGAAGGAAGUUUGCAAUAGCAGGAUUAGGGAAGAUGGGUUGCAUCCCAAGCAUAUUAGCACAAAGCCCAACUGGGAAUUGCUCAGAUGCUGUGAACAACCUCGUGCAACCUUUCAAUGCUAAUGUGAAAAAGAUGAUCAACAACCUCAACUCAAAACUCCCUGCUUCCAAGUUCAUUUAUAUAAACAUUGAUAACAUGUUCCGUGACAUCCUCGCUAGUCCUGCUGAUUACGGAUUUAGAGUAAUAGACCGUGGAUGCUGUGGUAUUGGGCGCAAUCAAGGGCAAAUAACAUGUCUUCCAUUCCAAACACCUUGCAUGAACAGGGAAGAGUACGUUUUCUGGGAUGCCUUCCAUCCAUCAUCACACGUGAACGUUUUAUUGGGGAAGAAGGCCUUCAAUGGUGGUCUCGACGUGGCUUACCCUAUGAAUAUUCAACAGCUUGCUGCUCUUGAUCUUCAAUCUAUCUAACCAAACUAGGUUCAUGGUUAUGUUAACAUAAUAUUAAUAUGUGUCAGUUUUUUCUGUGAUCUAUGUUGACUUCACUAUGAGUGUUGUUAAAGUGGUCUAAGGGAGAAGACUAAUUAAACUUUGAUUUUUGCUACUGAUUAUAUGUCAUAUGCACGAUAAAAUGUGGUGUUUGUGGCAUUUUACAUAGAUAUGUACCCAACUAUCUUCUCUUUAGGCAGUGUUGCUCUUGGUCUCCUUGAUUUCCAUAGUUUCUAUUUCUUCUAAA